AUGUGGACUGGGCUCUAUUUGGGCGACUGUUACCGGCUCUUCAGAAGACCUCGGUCGCUCCUGGCACAAGUGCUGAACUUGGGAUGUGCAUACUAUCUUGCAGUGAUGCUCUGGAAAGUCGUCAUGGUGACCACAAACUGUGAAAGCCCGGUAUUCAUUGUGCAGAGUGGCGGCGACCUCAGGUUACACCGCGGCGACAUCUUCUUCCUCACUGGCUCAGAUUCAUUCAGAGCAGGCGAUGAGGUGGUGUAUCAAGUACCGGGCAGGGAUGUUUUGGUUGCUCACAGGGUCGCCAACGUCCAUGAAGAGCCUGAUGGAACGCUAGCCUUGCUCACGAAAGGCGAUGAUAAUGUUGUGAAUGACCGCGGUCUCUAUCCGCAGGGGCAGCUGUUCCUUACCCGGCCGGAAAUCGUCGGGCGUGUUUCUGCAUAUCUGCCAUACCUGGGGAUCCUUAUACUUAUGUUGAACGACUAUUUGUAUUUGAAGUAUUGGCUUUUUUUCUCGAUGGUUUUCGCUUGCUUGGCUGGCCGUGGAAGUUGGAAGAGGUUCUUUGCAUUGAGUUUGGCAGACUGUGUGGCCCAUGGCUUCUAA